AAGCAUUGGCACGGAUAAGAGCCAGCAACAACAUGGGGAGCGCGAGCCCACGAUCACCGGGUAGUAGUUGGACUCCAUAUAUACCCCCUCGCCGAGUAGCCCGCCUCACUCAGCGGCACUGACGCACAGAGCCACUGAGCCUAGCUAGCUAAGCCAGCCACCAUGGCAGGACGGAGCAUCAUCUUCCACGUCGUGCUACCGCUGUGCCUCGUCCUGCAAGCGACCAUGGCGACGGACCCGCCCUUCUCGUGCGGGUCGCCGUCGAGCUACCCGUUCUGCGACAGGAAGCUGCCGAUCGGGCAGCGGGCGGCGGACCUGGCGUCGAGGCUGACGGUGGAGGAGAAGGUGUCUUUGCUGGGGGACGUGUCCCCGGGGGUGCCGCGGCUGGGCGUGCCGGCAUACAAGUGGUGGUCGGAGGCGCUGCACGGCGUGGCCAACGCCCCGGCCGACCGUGCCGGCGUCCGCUUCGACGACGGGCCCGUCCGCGCCGCCACCAGCUUCCCCCAGGUCCUCGUCACCGCCGCCUCCUUCAACCCGCACCUCUGGUACCGCAUCGGCCAGGUGAUCGGGAGGGAGGCUCGGGGCAUCUACAACAGCGGGCAGGCGGAAGGGCUCACCUUCUGGGCGCCAAACAUCAACGUCUUCCGGGACCCCCGGUGGGGCCGCGGCCAGGAGACCCCCGGCGAGGACCCCACCAUGACGGGCAAGUACGCCGCCGUCUUCGUCCGCGGCGUGCAGGGCUACGGCGCCUCCGGCGCCGUCAACUCCUCCGGCCUCGAGGCCUCCGCCUGCUGCAAGCACUUCACCGCCUACGACCUCGAGAACUGGAACGGCGUCACCCGCUUCGCCUUCAACGCCAAGGUGUCGGAGCAGGACCUGGCGGACACGUACAACCCGCCGUUCAGGAGCUGCGUCGAGGACGGCGGCGCCAGCGGCAUCAUGUGCUCCUAUAACCGCGUCAAUGGCGUUCCCACCUGCGCCGACCACAACCUGCUCUCCAAGACCGCCAGGGGAGACUGGAGGUUCAACGGGUACAUCACCUCAGACUGCGACGCCGUGGCCAUCAUCCAUGACGUGCAAGGAUAUGCCAAAGAACCAGAGGAUGCAGUUGCAGAUGUCCUCAAGGCUGGAAUGGACGUGAAUUGCGGCGACUACGUGCAGAAGCACGGCGUGUCGGCGUUCCACCAAGGGAAGAUCACGGAGCAGGACAUCGACAGAGCGCUGCAGAACCUCUUCGCCAUCAGGAUGAGGCUGGGGCUCUUCGACGGCAACCCGAAAUACAACCGGUACGGCAACAUCGGCGCGGACCAGGUGUGCAAGAAGGAGCACCAGGACCUGGCCCUGGAGGCCGCCCAGGACGGCAUCGUCCUUCUCAAGAACGACGCCGGCACGCUCCCGCUGCCGAAACAAAAGAUCUCGUCCCUCGCCGUCAUCGGGCACAACGCCAACGACGCACAGAGGCUCCAGGGGAACUACUUCGGCCCGCCCUGCAUCUCCGUCUCGCCGCUCCAGGCCCUGCAAGGGUACGUGAGGGAGACAAAGUUCGUGGCCGGGUGCAAUGCGGCCGUUUGUAACGUGUCGGACAUCGCGGGGGCGGCGAAGGCGGCGAGCGAGGCCGAGUACGUGGUGCUGUUCAUGGGGCUGGACCAGGACCAGGAGAGGGAGGAUCUCGACAGGAUCGAGCUCGGCCUCCCCGGGAUGCAGGAGAGCCUCGUCAAUGCCGUGGCCGAUGCCGCCAAGAAGCCGGUCGUCCUGGUUCUCCUUUGCGGCGGUCCCGUGGACGUGACGUUCGCCAAGGGGAAUCCCAAGAUCGGCGCCAUUAUCUGGGCUGGGUACCCUGGACAAGCCGGCGGGAUCGCCAUUGCUCAGGUCCUCUUCGGAGAGCACAACCCCGGGGGGAGGCUGCCGGUGACAUGGUACCCGAAGGAGUACGCGACGGCCGUGGCCAUGACGGACAUGCGGAUGCGCGCGGACGCGUCCACGGGCUACCCCGGGAGGACAUACAGGUUCUACAAGGGCAAGACCGUCUACAACUUCGGCUACGGGCUCAGCUACUCCAAGUACUCCCACAGCUUCGUCUCCAAGCCGCCGGCGUCCAUGAUGGCGUCCAAGCUCGACGGGCUCAAGCUCAAGGCAAUGGAGUCGUCGGCGUCAGGAGCCACGAUCAGCAGCUACGACGUGGAGGAGAUGGGCGAGGAGGCGUGCGAGAGGCUCAAGUUCCCGGCGACGGUGCGGGUGCAGAACCAUGGCGCCAUGGACGGGAAGCACCCGGUGCUGCUGUUCCUGCGGUGGCCGGAGACGAAGGGGAACGGUGGGAGUAGCGGGAGGCCGGCGAGGCAGCUUAUCGGGUUCCGGAGCGUGAAGCUGAGGGCGGCGGAGGCGAAGCACGUGGAGUUCGAGGUCAGCCCCUGCAAGCAUUUCAGCAGGGCGGCCGUGGACGGGAAGAAGGUGAUCGACAAGGGGUCGCACUUCGUCGUGGUCGGUGAUGAUCACGACGAGUUCGAGUUGAGCUUCAUGGCUUGAGAGUUGAGAGAAAUCUAAUCUGCUGCUGCUUCGAUCGGUAGAUGAGGCGUUGAGUUAUGUCGAUCUACAAGUGUAAUCACCCUUGCUUCUUCGAAUGAAGGACGGACCCCUGUCUAACUUAUCUGAACGAGAGAAUGAUAAUUUACAAGCAGAGAUUACAUUA